UUUUGGAUACUUAUUCCGAAUAAUUUUAUUUUGCUAUAUUCUUUUUUAAUUAACAAUGCAAACUUUCAGUUUUAUCAAUGUAAAUACGAAAUAAUAGUUUUUUUUUCAUUUAUCUCAGUUUGACAUUACGGUGGCAAAUCAAGUUUUGAAUAUAAGCGAUGAUAUUCUUCAUGAUCACAUUCAUGGUCUUAAGUUUACCUAGUCUUCGUGUAGCAGUAAACCCCUUACAACACGGUCGGCAACGAGACUUCCAACCACAAUGGAUGACAACCAAAUUAUAUUGCGCCCGACCAAUAUCGGUUAAACCGUUAACCUAUUAUCAAAUUGUACUGGUAACCAUGGUAAUUCCAGUUUUAACCAGUUAACCCCGGGUGAGUAUUAAUUUAUUAUUUCAAUAAGAUUUCUUUUGUAGGUCGCCGUGGUGUGCCUAGAACGCCGUAUUCAAGUGGCAUGGUAGAUUCCUUACACUCAGAUAAAGAUGAAAGCAUUCCUUCGCUUACUAACGUUCCCAGAAUCUCCUUUGCAACGGAGCCGCCGGAGAUCUUUGGCGACAAAACUGGCGAGGCGUUCAAAGUACCCGAGGUGCCCGCUCUGGUCCCAGCGCAGGACUCCGACGGAGAGGCCGAGGAAGUCGCCGAGGAUAUCACCGAAGAUGCCACACACACGGAAGGCGACGAGAGCGUCGUCUCGGACGCCACUACCGUCCCUGACGCCACGGCUACGGACGCCACCGACGAAGAUGUGCAAGACGGCGAAGAAGAGUAAACUCACUAUUAUUUAUACCUAGCACCCCUUAUUUACAAAAUUUGGUUUUCACGGAGGCCUACAGAUGAUGUAACACGCACUGAAGGCGACAAGUGCUUUGUGUCGGACGCCAUCGCCAGCACCGUGCCCGACGCCACGACCACGAACGCCACCGACGAAGACGUGCAGGAGGGCAAAGAGGAAUAAAUUCAUUAUCAGCGAUUCCUAGGACCCCCUUAUUCAUAGAAUUAGUUUUUUACGGAAUCCUGCAGAAGAUGCAGCGCGCACAGAAAGCCACGAAAGCAGCGUGUCGGACCGGACGCCACUACCACCCCUGA